UUAAGGCCGAGUCUGCUCAGUGUGUUCACGUAUUAUGAGGUUAGAUAUACGUUCGUUGUGGGCAAAACUGAUGAGAGUGCUCGAAGCGGAUCUGUUGGACAACAGCUGGUCUCAAAGCGCUCCUUGGAGUCUAUGUAUUCGCAAGUAGAAGAACCGCUGAGUGGACACCAGAAAAGACGAGUCAUGAUACUUAAGGGCGCCUUCGCCGUCAUAAUCCUGGCAGCUUUCACCUGCCACGGGCACCCUGUCAAGUCUGACACUCCGUUGGACAAGUCCGAUGAGAAGCUCUCCGUAGCUAACAACCACUUCGCUGUCGAGCUCCUCAAGCAUCUCGACUCCGGCAAGAACAUCUUCUUCUCACCAUACAGCGUUACGACAGCCUUGGCUAUGCUUCAUGCUGGCGCCAAGGGAGACACCAAAUCCGAACUCUCGGAAGGCCUCGGUUUUACAGCGGCAGGACUCGACGACGCCGACGUUCUGCAUGCCUUCGAGCACCGACGUCACCGUCUCCAAGCGGCCCAGAACAGCACCGUCUUGGACGAGGCCAACUCCAUUGUCACCCUUGACGGGUACCAACCUCUUGAAACUUACGUACAUGACCUGUCUUCCGCGUUCGACGCCGAACUUCGACAAGUCGACUUCGUGAACAAAGGCGGAGAAGCUGUGGAAGAUAUCAACGCCUGGGUUAAGGAGAAGACACAUGGCAAGAUCGAGAAGCUUCUGGAACAGGAACUUGGUGACGACACUCGUUUGGUUCUGCUGAAUGCAAUCUACUUCAAGGGACUUUGGAAGAACAGGUUCAACGAGAACGACACGCUUCCGUUGCCGUUCUACAACGGAGGGGUGGAAGAGAUCAACACGCCAACCAUGAUACUCACCACGAGACUGGCCCACGCCUCUGACGACGUCCUUGAGGCCGAUAUCGUUGAACUUCCGUACGAAGACUCUGCGUUCAGCCUGGUCGUCGUGCUUCCCAAAGAAAGGAACGGCAUUGAAGCCCUCAAGAAAGACCUGACUGCUGAAAAGCUUCACGACGCUUUGAGUAAAGCCUUCUUUAAGAAGGUUACCCUCACUCUUCCCAAGUUCAAGUUGGAAGGCAGUUACAAGUUGAAGGAGACCCUGCGUGACCUGGGCGUGAAGUCUGCGUUUGGCGACGCCGAUUUAUCUGGCAUUAACGGCGAGAAGGAUCUUCUGGUGGACAACGUCAUCCACAAGGCCGUGGUCGAAGUGAACGAGGAAGGAAGUGAGGCUGCGGGAGCAACAGCUGUAGUCAUAGUGACCCGCCUCGGCGCCGAGCCCAGCUAUGUGACCUCGGUCACAGUGGACCAUCCCUUCCUGUUCUUUAUCAGAGAUGCAAAGGCUGGGGAUAUCUUGUUCCUGGGGCAGGUGAACUCGCUUUAAUUGCCGUGAACUUGGCAAGGGUUCAUGGAAGAGCACCUCUACACUCGACUCGCUGACAAAGUAUUGUCCGAUUAUUGAACGGCAAGCCUUGAGUUGAGAAAUAUUUUAGUCUGAAUAAAAUGAUCUCUCUUUUACUCGCCUCACUCCAGGAUGCAAGGCCAGCACUAUCGUUAUGUCAUCCACGUUGGGUGGACCUUAUGUACAACCUUAAGUACUGGUGAUAAUAAAGUUGUAUUAUCGAACA